AUGCCGGAUCUGUUGGACACGGAGGAGAAUAUAAUGAUAAUCAAGUGGAAUAACAAUAGACUGAUCUGGGACUCCAGCAAAUUAGUCACCCUUUCCAUAUGGGGCUAUCAGGAGAAGACGGACUCCCUGUACCCGACCCUCAAAUGGGUGGCCGAUAUCGUGCGAGGAAUACCUAAUAGCGGCGAAUAUGCCCUCAAUUUGAAUGAUUUACCGGAAAUACAGUUAGAUCGAUAUGACUAUCACUUUGGGUUCAUUGGUGUCAAUCAGACCGAUGAGGAGUUCACUAUCACUCAGUGGAGUAAACCCAUGCCAUUGGGUUGGUUUUUUCGGAAAUACUGGCGCCGGGAGUACGGAUCCAAAUGGAAUGAGCGGUUCUGUAUGGACUGGUUUGAGAGGGAGUCCCAGGAGGACCGGUUCGCCAUCACACUGUUUCGGUGCCCCUGUACUAUGGCUCAGUCCGAGCUGGACAGGGGUCGCUUCAGUCCCGACCAACAGUGCAAUGUCAUCGACAAGAAGUGCGACGCCCGACACCACGGCGCCCAACACUGUGUCCGCACAUCCCGGCCCUCAAUUGGCGGUUCCGGACAGCAGUGCUGUUACGAUGAUUACGGAGAACUCAUACAGAGCGCCGACACCAUGUAUGGGGGCAGACCUUCGCGAGCGUUUGUUUACGGCAAACACCCGUUUAAGAUGCGAAUGAUGACCCCAACCCUAUCCUUCUGGCAGUUCGAUAUAAUGCCGUUCUUUUAUUGCUGCAAAUGGGCCCCAAAGGAGGACAACAGCCACACCUGUCAGAUGUUUAACUACUGGCGCACAUCGCAAGACUGUUCCUCAUACCAGCCCCCGGCCAUUGCCUCCAUCUUCGGUGACCCCCACAUCAUAACCUUUGAUCAGACAAACUACACGUUCAACGGGAAGGGCGAGUAUGUGUUGGUGCAUACGGACAACCCGGUGCACAAACUGGACAUCCACGCCCGCUUUGAGCAGAUACCCAACAUGAAUGGCACACACCUAACGGCAGUGGCCGUUAGGGACAACGUGUCGGCUAUUGUUGAGUUUAGAUUGAGACCCCCGGCCGCCCGUUGGUUCCAUCAGAUCUUUCUGAUCGCCGAUAAGGAGUACCUGUUUUAUUGGGCCGACAAUAUGCGGUCCAUACACGCCAGGGGUGUGACGGUGUACGAGCCCGCGGGCAUCAGGAAUAUGUCUCACAUGAUAGCUAUGUUUGAUUCCGGGGCGGGGGUUGAGGUGAUGGUCAGUCCCGCGGGUUCCCUUAUAUUACACGUAUAUUUGCCCAACACUUUCAAGAAUAACACGAAAGGACUGUUAGGCAAGUGGUCGGGCAGUUCGGACGACGACUUUGAAUUACCGGACGGCACGAGGGGUCCGCCCCCUCUGUCGCCCACACGACUCAUCCAUUCAGAGUUCGGACAGAAGUACCGACUGUUUGAGACCCGACAGCAAUACCUACCGCAGAGUCUAUUCUUCCACGACGUGGUCUCCCAUUCACAUUACGAUGACUUCCGGUUUGAGCCCAAGUUUGAGUUCACUCAGGAGGAUAGGGAUCAAUUUCCGGACGUGGAUCAUGUGUGUAGUGACUCCCAGUCCUGCGCAUACGACUAUAUGGUCACCGGAGACAGUGGUUAUGGGGAACAGACCAAGAAGUCGGAGGCCAUGGCCAACAAUAUGCAUCAGGAGGUCAGCCAACAGGUGAUCCGAUGCCCAGCCCUAUCGAAACCAAUGAAUGGUCGUAAGACAGAGAACCGGUACUGGCCCGGGACUAUAGUCAGGUUUGCCUGCGAUGAGGGCUACCGUUUGGUGGGCUAUGAGGUGAGGCGGUGUCGUGAAGACGGCCUGUGGUCGUGGGGAGUGGACCCCCAGUGCAUAAAAGUGAUGACCUAUUCGCUGAUACUGUCCGGGGUGUUCGUGGGCUGUAUCAUACCGGCGCUCGUUAUGAUGGGUCUGUUUGUGUACUGUUGGCGUAGGGGUAAGGAAAGGAGGGGUGGGUUUGUGCCGCGGAGACCAGCGCCGGCAUUGCCGCCAAAGACGUAUAAAUUAGUUGAAGAUAAAAACGGUUUCAACGAAAAUGGCGUAAAAAUGGCGCCGAAAGCGGAUUUAGACAAAUCGCUGAAGUCUUUGGUGUCGAGUGAUAAGAGUUAUGAUGUGGACAAUGACUUCACUUCAAGUGAUGACGAGGAGAUCGGCGGUGAUGAGGAUGUUGUGGUCAGGGAUGACGGGUUUGGGGUUAUAAAGCAGUUACACAAUAAUACCCGUCGGUAUUCAACCGGUUUUAAGACUAAGGCUGAGAUUAAUGUGAAUAAUGGCUCGCAUUUGACAUCUUAUAGAUCCGACACUUUGGUCUAA